AUGAAUCCUGAAUCGGUGCUGAGGGCAGGGAAACUAUUCCAAACUUCCUAUGGUGGAGAUGGUGUGGAUUUUAUCGAUCAGCUCAACUAUCAGUACACCGGAGGUCUAAUGGUGAUAUUCAUUGCGAUCAUCGGCGUUCGACAAUAUGUGGGUAAGCCACCAUCCUUACUUCUAUCAACCUUCCUCGACCUCCACCUCGCGUGGCUUUUCUACCUCUAG